AUGAACGGUUCCUGCAGCUCAGUGAAGGUCAUCGAGCAAUGUCAAAUUUCUCCACCACCCGGCUCAGUUCCUACCACCCCUCUCCCACUGACAUUCUUCGACUUUGUAUUUCUCUUCCCUCGUCCCAAUGAAAGUGUUUUCUCCUUCGAGUUCCCUCACCCCCUUAACCAUUUCACCCAGUGUAUCCUUCCCAAGCUCAAAUACUCCCUUUCCCUCACUCUCCAACACUUCUUUCCCUUGGCCUCAAAUCUCAAAUGCCCUCCGCCACCCUCCAAGCCUUAUAUACAGUAUACCGCAGGCGGCUCACUCCCAUUGACAAUUGCUGAGUCCUCAGGUGAUUUCAAUCGCCUUACGUCCAACCGUGUAGAAGACAUUGAAGAAUGUCACCUCCUCAUUCCAGCGCUGCCACCUGCGAGCGUGUUAGAGGACGGCACACGUGUGGCGCCUCUUCUGGCGGUGCAGAUCACCGUGUUCCCAGACUCUGGGAUUUGCAUUGGUACCAACUGUGAUCAUGUCUUGGCUGAUGAGAGUUCAUUUCAUCAUUUUUUGAAGUUCUGGGCCUCUGUAUGUAGAGUUGGAGGAGCAGACGUUAAGAUCGAGUCUCUACCAUGCCAUAACAGGGGUUUGAUUAAAGACACGUUUGACCUAAAGAACAAGUUCUUAGAUGAUUGGAGACGCUGGUCUCCUAACAAAUCUGAGCCCUCGAGCACUCCACUCCUCAUUGGAAAAGUUCGAACAACUUUUGAGUUACGUAGAGAUCAAAUACAUAUAAUGAAACUCUGGGUCUCCAACUUGUUCGUCAAACUUCAAGGUUCUAAGCCAGCACAUAUUUCAUCCUUUGUGGUCGUAUGCGCUUUUGCAUGGGUUUCUAUGGUAAAAACAGAGGAGACCACUGAUGAUGACAUGCAAUGUCGCUUCAAUUUCGCAGCAGAUUGCAGAGACCGCCUUGGAUAUCCAUUGCCGAGAUCAUACUUUGGGAACUGUUUGUCACUUCGCUCGGCGCAAGCGAUGAAGAGUGAACUUGUCGGAGAAAAUGGGAUAGUUGCAGCUGUGAAUGCCAUCGGAAACAAUGUAAAGGAUUUGGAGAAUGGGGUUCUGAGAGGGGCAGAGGACUGGACUGCAGGUUGGCUCAGGGCAAAUAGUAAUCCUGAACAUUUUACCACUCUUGCUGGCUCCCCAAGAUUUGAUUUCUAUAAUGAGCUUGAUUUUGGUUGGGGGAGACCUAAGAAGUGUGAGGUGAUUAACGUUGAUUUCGACAGAUGUAUUUAUGUGAGUAAUAGUAGAGAUGACGAAGGAGGGGUUGAGAUCCUAUUGGCGCUGAAGAGGGAACAAAUGGAUUGCUUCAGUUCCAUCUUCAACCAAGCUUUGGAAUUUGCUGGUGUGGAAUCGUAA